AGGAAUGUAUAUGUAAAUCCAGUGUAUGUUAAUACUGCAGACGGUGGCUUGGACUGUGUUGUGGGGGUUAAGAUGGAGGACUAGUUUGGUUUGGAAGAUUGCAGAGGUGCCUUUUAUUCAAAGCUGGCUUCUUCCCCCCUCUCCCUACCUCCCUUUACAAUGUUAAAUCUCUCCCUCUCUCCCUCCCUCUCUCCUUCCUUCCUGCACCCAUGGAGCUGCUGGCAAUAACACAGCAUGCAUAGGAGAGGCAAUGGAGAGCUCCCUUUACCGGAUGGUUGGAAAGUGUCGAGGGAUUACGACGGCAGAGUGUUCUACAUCGACCACAUCUCCAAGCAAACCAGCUGGGUCGACCCGCGGGACAGGUUUACCAAACCUCUGACGUUUGCCGAUUGUGUGGGAGAUGAACUCCCCCUGGGUUGGGAAGAUGCCUAUGAUGACCAGAUUGGUGUAUUUUACAUUGACCACAUCAACAAGACAACGCAGCUGGAGGACCCGCGGGCGUGGUGGAGGAAGGAGCAGGAGCGGAUGCUGAAGGACUAUCUGACGGUGGCCGAGGAUGCCCUGGGCACCCAGAAGGAGCUUUACCAGGUGAAGGAGCAAAGGCUGGCGCUGGCCAUUGAUGAGUACGUGCGUCUCAACGACGUGUGGAGGGACAAGACCGGCUCGCGCACCAGCUUGUUGUCAUCAUCUUCCUCAAGCACCAAGUACGAUCCUGAUAUCCUGAAGGCUGAAGUAAUGACCACAAAAGUCCGGGUAAACAAGCUGAAGAGGGAAGUUUCCCAGAUGAAGCAAGAACUGUUCUACAAAGAACAAGGGUUCGAAACCCUUCAAGAAAUCGAUCGGAAGAUGUCAGGAGUGCAGAAUGGUUACCAACUGACAGAAGCCAAGGCCAUCAUGAGUCGACUAAAAACUAUCAAGAAGGACAUUAGCACGGGCGAGAAAGAGAAACAAGAUCUGAUGCAGAGUCUCGCUAAACUGAGGAGUAGAUUCCAGUCCAACCAACACGUGGGAAGCUCAGAGUCGGACCUGCAGUCUAAUCCGGGCAGUUCCCAUCUCUCCAUCCCCAGGCACUGCCUCGACGUCGGCUCACAAACCAAUAUCAUUGGAGACUUUGGACCAAAAAGCCAGGCCAACUUGGCAGAGAGUGUCAGACUGAGUCUUCAAUAUGAAGAAGCAAAGAGAAGAAUAGCGAAUAUAAAGAUCGAGCUGUCGAGGCUGGACUCGGAGGCGUGGCCAGGGCUGCUGGACGUUGAGCGAGACAAGUUGAUGUUGAUGAACGAGAAGGAGGAGCUGCUGAAGGAGCUGGAGUUCGUGACGCUACGCAACUGCCCCAGCGAGGAGUGUGAGCAGCUGGAGCAGCGCAGGAGGCGGCUGGAGGGGGAACUGCACUCCGCUCCCUGCACCAGCACCCACGCACUGGCCCAGAGGUUAAAGUUACAAGAGAAGAGAAAGCGUCUAGUGCAGCAGCUGGAGGAGGCGACCCAACUAACCUUGUUCCUGCACUCACAGCUCAAGAGCCUUUCUGCGAGCACGUUGAGCUUGUCUUCGGGGAGUAGCCUGGGAUCGCUCGCCUCGAGCCGCGGCUCGCUCAACACCUCCAGCAGAGGUUCUUCCCUCAACUCGCUGAGUUCCGCCGAGCUGUACGGCAGCCUCUCGGACCAGCCGGCGCUGGACCCGGACACCCAGUACAAGCUGGACUUCAUGCUGCAGGAGAAGGCGGCCUACAACCCCUCCGCCAUCGCCACCAUCCACGAGCACGAGGUGGCACGGGGACCGGGCGCCGUCGAGCCCCCCUUGAGUUCCAGGUCCUCGCUCUGCUCCCUGUCGCCCCCCGGCUCGCCACUGGUCUCCGACGUGGCCUUCCUGCCACCGGCGCAAGACUCGCCGCCCCACCGGCCGACGGGGGUCUCCGAGGAGCGCCGAGCGUCCUGGGACUUUGCCUUUCUCGCACCCUACGGUGACGGCAGUGGAGAUGGGGAGAGCCAAGCGUUGGUGGAACCAGGGCAAGUCAGCCAUAACCUGGACCCUGGCAUCCAGGGCAGUGGUGGCCAGAGCAGUGAUGAACCGGAGCAACCUCUCACCGCGCCAAACAAUGGCAGCGCAGGUAAUGACUUGGUGCGGAGUGCGGGGGGAGAAUUACUCGAAGAAAAAGUGCCCUGUGUUUCAGCUGCCGUCUCUGAUGAGUCCGUUGCUGGAGACAGUGGCGUUUACGAGGCCUCGAUCAAAAGGCCAAGUGAAACGGAAGAUGCUAUUUAUGAUGAUGAUGAGACUUCUCCAUUGGAAGCAGUUCAAAUCCAGAUUGGAUUGAAGUAUGAUCCCAACCAUGGAAGCUUCAUCAUAAUUCUGAUACAACUGAGGAAUCUGACUGCUUUGCUUCUGCCUACUGGGUGUAAAGUGUACGUCAGAGCAGCGCUGCUCCCCAGCCCGAGCGACUCCAGCAGCCUGUUCCGCACCAAGGUCCAGAGUGUCGCCCGGACUCUGGUCCUCAGGGAGGUGUUCAGGGUGGCCAUCGCCCGCGCCGCUCUGCGCCAGAAGACGCUGCGAGUGGACGUGUGCACCGUGGGCGAGGCGCGGUUGGACGACUGUCUGGCCUCCACCCAGAUCAGCCUGGCCGACCACUGCAGCGGAGGGGAGAUGUCCACGUGCUGGUACAACAUGCUGCUCUACAAGAACAUGGACAUUCAACACAGCAGCAGCAAGGCACAGACAAGGGAUACCUCCCUUGCGUCACAGCCUUGCAGCACUCUGGACAAGGAUGCAGUGUCUGUCUUGCUGGAGAGAACAUCUGUGGAGCUCCUGGCAGUGGAGAAGGAGUUGGUGACACCGGACAGAGGGCUGCGGUUGCUGGGGGCAGACAGGACUGGAGCUGGGGAGGAAGGAGGUGGCAGUGGUGUGGAGGUGGAGGUGGAGGAGCGAGCGGCUGCAACUCAGGAACCGUCUCAGAGAGAGAGUGAUAAAGACAGACCAGGCGAGAGGGAGCCCAGCACAACACCGCCCAUACUGGUGGACAAGGAGAUGAACACGGAUGAAUCUACGGUGGAGUAUGUGUCUGUCCCUACCAAGGAGAGGGCCAGCCUGGGCCAGCGGCACAACAACUUUGUGAGGAGCAGCAUGAUCGUGAGAUCACAGACCUUUUCCCCAGGGGAAAGAAACCAGUAUAUCUGCAGGGUAAGAGAUUCCCCAUUAAUGUACUGUCAGCGAUCUAGCACUCAGUCCAUGCACAGACGCAUCCCGGCCACUCCCUCGAUAGAUUACGAUGGACAUGUCGCUGUUGUUCGCCUAUUUUGGGACAUUGAUAGCCAUCAGAUCUGCGAGAAACAGAGUAUGCCGAUGUAA